AUGGGUGGCUCUCCAUUCCCCCAGCCCUCGUACCCUCCCCCCCUUCCUGCGCCCCUCUGCCCAUUCCCUCUCCUCGGGGGGUUUCUCCUCUGCACUUUGCCUCCCGGGCCUCCCGUGGGUCCUCCUCCCCCAUCAUUGUGAUGGCCUCGCUUCGGGAUGGGUUUUCCCCGGGCUUCCUUUCGCAUCAGGGCAUGGACAUCUCGUCCCUUGGAUAUGACCCAGCUUUUGCAUCCUCACGCUCCAGUGUGACAUGCGAGUUUCCGGCCACAACCAUUCACCAUCUCGUUCGAAUCGUCGCCUGUAUGGGGAAGUUCUCGGAGGAUAUUGCCCUCAUUUGCUUUUCCAAUCGCUUUGAUCUCAUGUCCUUCAGUUCUUCCUCCUCGGUUCAGAUGACAUCGCGUCUGCAGCCAGCCUUGUUCACACGUUUCGAGACUGGCGCGGCCCUGCCUCUGGAUGAUGAUGUCUCCUCCCUCUUCUAUGGGGGUGGGCCGUCACCCAACUCCAAUUGGGGAUCCCUGGUGCGUGUUGGCGGCCCCGGAAGCUCCACCUUCAGGCACAAACGAAGCGGCCGGAUCAUCGUCGACCAUGAGCCGGUUACCUUCUUGGCCAGUCUCUCUGCGCAAACCUUCCAGUCUAUAUUUCAUCAUCGGGCCACGCGGCGAGUGGAAAAGUGCAAAAUGCGCUUUGAUCUGAGUCUUUCCAUGUGCGACGUGGUUUUCUAUUGCAAAACCGGCAUUGUCAAACAUUAUCGCUUCAAUUGGCGAGAUCCCUUCGAGGUUCCCACCUACAAGCCAAGCUCGGAGCAUGGGGAUGCCCUCAUCUCGGCCAAGUUCCUUGACCAUUGCCUGGCGGACAUUCCCCCGGCCACAAAAUUGGUGGCACUCCAGUUCCAUGUUCCCACUCAGUCGGUGGCCAUUCAGACGGUCACGCCGCCACACAUUGCCACCGGCACCGGAAGUGGGGCUUCACAGAGGUCCUUCAACCCCCGGGGACCCUCCGACAAUGGGGGAAGCUCACUGAUGGUCAAUCGAGGCGCGUCAAGUCCGCGGCCGGUGGCCAUGAGCAGCCGAUUGGAAUUCACCGUCGAGGAUUUCCACCUUCUUCGGCCACCGUGCUCCUGCCAAGUGGUGUUUGCCUUUCCGGAAUUCCGUGCUUUCCUCACAUUCAUUGCCGGCAGUUAUAAGUAUCUCCGGGUGCGCAUGCAUCCAAGCAUGUCGCUGCAUUUUGAAACGGCCCAUGACGGACCUCAGGCGGAUGUUCCGCAAAAUAGCCUUGUGUUGGCGGUUGAUCCGAACCCCGAGCAGUAUGAUAUCCCCUGGCCCGGAGGGGCCGGUGCCGGUGGUCGUACUUCCGAAAUGAGCCCCCCCUUUGGUGGGGGAGUGCCGAGAGUUGCUCAAGCAGCUGACCCGUUCGAUCUUCCAGCCAUCGCUGGAUCUUUGUCUGAUCCCUUUGUCCCGAGGGCGCCAACGACCCCGGCCCCCAGCCGGCCGCUUGUCCUCCAGCAGCCAAUUGUUUGCCCUGAAAGCGACUCCGAGGCUGGUGAUGGCGGAAGUACGGACGAGGCAAUGGGCGACCCGGUGGAUGGUGGCUACUUGUCCGGACCGUUGUCCAUCCGCGAUCCGGACCUCUCUGACUGGGACUUUAGCAGCGGGUCCGACUCGGACUUCUAGACGGGUUUCUUUUUUCCUCGAAAUGCAAACGGAUGGCAGACCAAUACACUAGACAAUGCGAGGACAGCGA